AUGAGUGAAAUAACUCAUGAAAAUAUGCAAUCAUUCUGUCGGACGUGCCUUGAUGAACUGGAAGACAAGUCAUCUCUGUUGGGUGAAAAAUACAGCAUUUAUGAGAAUGAAGAUAUCGAAAAAUUUUUGCUAUCUUGCAAUUCAACGACAACAGAAGACUUCGAAGAUUUCCCGCAGUUCAUAUGCUAUAAAUGUCAUAAAAAAUUACAGUCCUUUAGUGAUUUCCGUGAUAAAAUUAUUCAGUCACAUCUCUUUUUAAACAAUAUUCUAAAAGAGCAUAAAGAUACGAGUAGAACUUCCGAAGAUGAAAGGUUGCUGGACAGUGGUCAAUGUAGUGAAGACCAACAAGAUAAUAGUGUAGGAAUAUCUGAUAUCGAAGUUCUUCAUGGCUAUACAUACUCAACAAGAAGUCGUGAAAAACUACAAAAUUGUAUAGAAAAUACGGUGGUAAAAAUACUACAAGACCCUGGCGGUACACACAGUGUUAUGAAUAAAAAUCUUAAAGAGGAAAUAUUGGUUGAAGUUGCUGAAGAAAUAGAAAUAGACAUAAGUGAUAUUAAAGUAAAUCAAAAGAUUACCUCAGAUGAUGAAGAUACAUUGGAUGAUUUCGAAUUUUCUAGAGCAAUAAAUGUUGAACAAAAUGAUGAAAGAUUGCAAUAUGUAGAUAUUUCUAUACAAACUACAGAUGUACAACACAAUGUAUACGAAGAUGAUUGUGGCAAACCAAGUAGUGGGAACGGUGAAUAUUCACCAAGCUUAUCAGCAACAGCAGGCGACAUCAAUAAACCCAGAAUAAUAAAACAAAAAAUGUUUACUCAUAAAAAAACGAAGAAAUCUGCAAAAGGCGGAAAUAGUUCCCUGAAAAUGUCACCCGCAAAACAAAGUAGAAGUAAUUAUUCUGAAGUGAAGUUUCAAUGUGAGCAAUGUCCUCGACGUUGUGUAACAUGGGAAAAUUAUGAAGCCCACUUGCGUACCCAUCAAGGCCUAAAGCCAUAUGUGUGCAAUGAAUGCAAUCGCAGCUUUAACAGAGCAGCUCAUUUCCGUGCCCAUGUGCGUGAAGAUCACGGACCUGUGACACUGCAAUACAUCUGUUCGUUUGAGGGUUGCGGUAAAAUAUUCAAGCGCGAAAAUACUUACAAAAACCACUACCGACUUAAACACACAUUGGUACCAUAUGAAAGUCGUGAACCUAAAAGAUAUGUCUGUGAGGAUUGCGGAAGAACAUUUAGAAGUGUAACUACACUCAAAGAGCAUCGCUAUAAACACGCAUCUGAGGAAGAUUACCCAUUUAAAUGUGAAGAUUGCGGUAAAAGAUAUCGUUCUAAACGAACUUAUAAGGAUCAUCAGUUGCGACAUUCCGGAAUAAAAAAUUAUAUUUGUACUUAUUGUGGCAUGAAAAAAACCACACAAAAUGAAUUACGCGCUCACAUUAAUUAUCACACAAAAGAGAAACAAUGGCCCUGUCCAAAAUGCCCAAGUGUCUUCAACAGUUCUGGAAAUCUUGGCAUGCAUGAUCGUAUUGUGCAUAAGGGAAUCCGACCGUUUACAUGUAGGUUCUGUGAUCUCAGUUUCGGCAAACAGGAUACUUUAAAACACCAUGAAAUGAGGCACACGGGUGAAAAACCUCAUGGUUGCGAAUUGUGUGGCAAACGUUUUAUACAGAUUGUAGCGCUUCGAGCGCACAUGAAAACCCAUAACAAAGGAUUGGCACGGAAAACAAUAAUACCCUCGGUCCCAGAACAACCUUUUACAACAAUAGUGGAGUCAGCAAUAGAAGUAGAGACGAAUUUGGAAUUGCCAAGCUGCUCGCAAGAUGCUAGUUUUUAA